UGGAUUCUGUUUAACAAUAAGCUUCAACAGCAGUUCAGUCGUUUUUAUGCAAUGUCUUCGAUUGAAAACAUUUUUAAAAGCAAUGAGUGUUUAUAUAAUCAAAGCUCCGAGGGAUAUAGGCACACUCAAGCAAAACAAAGAUUGUGGAAUGAAAUAGGAGACGCUCUGCAGAAAACGGGCUUGGUUUGCAGUAAGAGAUGGACGUAUGUUCACGAUUACUACAUAAGAAGAAGAGGUAAACCAGGUACUGUUCAUCGAGUAAAGCAGCUAAAAGACGUACUAUCAGUAAAAUUGGAGACCCGGGUGCCGAUAGGAGUGUGGUGGAAUACCUGUGUGAAGGAGAGCCUGGUUCAACUGAUUUGCAAUUUGAAGACUACAAUACCUAUGUCAGUACAAAAAAUGAGAAUUGAAAUUGAACGAUCUCCUUUCCCCAAGAGCAAAUCCCAGUCGGUAAGGUCUAAGAACUCUGAAGAGCGUUUAAAACUUCUCCGAGAAAUUGCGAAAAAAAAAACAAUAAUUCAAUGCCAAAAAUUAUUAAAAAGGUGCCAC